AUGUUCGCUGUUCUGGGGGGUGGCAGAAAUGGCAGCAAACGGAUCCCUUCACAACAGCGAACGCUGUCCGCUGUUGUGGGGGGUUUGAAAUCUGAUGUGAACGCACCCCCCAGGGACAGCAAAGUGUGGCAGGCUGGCCGUUACAAGGCGGCGCUGAUCAGGAGCCCCAUGGACACCGCAAAGUCGACGACCACCCGGGCCAUCCUCAAUGAGCCCCCCCGACCAGAGACUGCCCUCGCGAUCACCUAUCGGCAGACACAAGCCAGCGAUGCGGCCGGGAAGAACCCCGACUUUGCGCACUACGGCGAAUUGAAGACGCAACGCGGGCGCGAGGUCGGGGGGCGCUUCAUCGAGCCUCUCGCGGACAGGGAGCUCUACCCGCGCGUCAUCUGCCAGGUCGACAGCCUGCCCGGGCUCCUCGGCGACGACGCGCGCGCUCCGGCCUUCGAACUGCUCAUACUCGACGAGAGCGAGUCGAUCCUCGCGCACCUCUCGGCCGACACCCUCUCGGCCAGGCACUUCGUUAUCCGGCUGAUCGCCGAGCUGCUUCGCCGCGCGCGCCGGGUCAUCUGCCUCGACGGGCAUCUGGGGCAGCGGACCUUCGACUUCCUGACGCUGCACAAGAUCCGCUGUUCCCCCGUGCUCUUCAACAAGCACGUGCCGGAGCGGCCUCUUGAAUUCGAGUUCCUCGAGGGGCGGGCAGGGCUCCAGCUGUGGGAGAGCGCGAUCUUUGAGGCGCUCGAGGCCGGCCAGAACGUUUUCGUGGUCAGCAUGUCGUCGGACAGAGCGCGGGACCUGGGGAGCGUGGUGGCAGAGCGGGGGUUCGUGGCGGAGGGGCAGAUCCUCGUCAUCACGCGGCACUCUCACGGGGAGGUGAAACGGGGCCUCGGGAACGUGAAUGAGAGCUGGGCGAAGCGACUCGUUAUCAUCAGUCCCACGGUGGAGGCGGGGGUAGACUUCAACCGGCCAUGGUUCCACCGGAUGUUCGUGUACAUCUGCAAGAGAAGCACGCACCCGCGGGGGCUCGACCAGAUGAAGGGGCGGGUCCGGCAGCUGGUCAACCCCUUGGUCCUGUGCUUCGUCAGAAAGGGCAUCAACCUGCCGACGACGGGGCCAGAGGGAAGCGGGUACAGGACUGUGAUGGGGAAGAAAGCCGCGCAGGUCCCGAGGCUUGGGGUCGAGGAGACGUACCAGUGGUUUCUCAACCGGGACGAGAGGGUCGGUGCGGGGGUUUUCUGCGAGGGCCCAAUCACGCGCCUUCUUGCUCACAACGAGAAGGAGCUUUUCAAUGGCCGGACGCACUUCUACGAGGAGUUCACGGAGCUGUUGGAGAGCGACGGCCACGUCGUGAGGGGGGUGCGGGUCCUAGAGCCGGCCGAGGGGGGGGAGCCGGGCGGGGGGGAUCAAGUCAGGGGCAGGUUUCUGCUCGAGCAAAUGAUCAGCGCCCCUGACAUCACCCCUGGUCAGUUCGCCGCCAUCGAAGCCCGGGUUCGCAGGAAUGAGGACUACCCGGGGGAGAGGGUGCAGCUGGAGAAGUACCAGCUGACACGUUUCUACCGUGUGCGGCAGUUGGCUGCCGACUUCCUCAAGACGUUUGGCCCCUAUCCGAACCUUGCGGUCGAGUUCAUUCUGCAAGUCGUCGACCCCGGGUACGACUUUAACAGUCAGGAGAUUGGGCGGCACAGGUACGGCCCCCAAAAGGCCGCCAUCGCCAAGGAGUUGCUGCAGGUGCUGGGCUUUCCGCAUCCCCUCGCCCACGAGCACGUCACGAGGACCCUUGCAGAGCUGAGAGGGGAAUUGGCGGCCACCAGCUACUUCCGGGAUUACUCUGAGAACGUGAAGCUGUUCCAGGCGCGCGCGCGCCCGAACCAGGAUGUUCUAGCCAAGCAGAAGUCGGCCACGAUCGCCCUGAACCACGUCUUCUCGGAGCUUGGGUUGCAGCUCGAGGCCGUGCAGAACGGCCGAUUGCCACGGAACGCGCAGGGGCGGAGGGGUGCUCGUAUUUAUGGGGGGUGGAAGCUGCUGCAGAAACCGAAGACGCGGACACGGCCGGUCGAUGGGCCGGUGGGGGUGGAUCUCAUGGCUCAGCUGUUGAAGUUGCGACUCGAAGAUUCAUUUGCUCUAAAGUCACGGAUCGUUCCCGUAGCAUUGAGAGAGUACGUUGACGGGGUUCACUUUAGAUGGCCAGCGAUGGUGACCCAGGAUGAAGGGUGUCAGAUUGUGGUUGGGUAGGCAUCAUGAUCCACGAGAUGCUCUUUGAUAGAAGGAGCGAGCGCACGUAAUUUGAAAUUACAUGCGAAUUGAGUUAUUGACGAUGCGGGCUUUUUAAUGCGCCCUAUUGACUUUUGUUAUGCUCAAUUGAAAGAUGCUCGACGUGCUAUGAUUGGAUGUGCAAAGCAA